AUGGAAUUCAACAAUCAAAACAACAAUCAGCAAGCAGGUCCCUUCUGGGAUUUUGUACGCUCAAUGCAACCACAAAACUCUGGAGCUGGUGUCGACCACCCUUCGCAAGAGUUCAACAUAGGUGCUCAUGGCCCUAGAGGUGAUCAUGGUCCACAUGAAUUCGGUCCAUUUGGUCCAUUUGGUUUCCCUUUUGGCGGACCAGGACCAUUUGGUAGAGGUGGGUUCGGACCAAGAGGAAGACACGGUCACAGAGGACAUCGUUCCUUCUCUCAUGGUAGAGAUGGAGAACACACCGAGGGAGAAGGUAAAGAGGAAUUCCGAGGACAUCGUCAUCAUGGCAGAGGCAAACAUGGCCGUAGAGGUGGAGAAGAAUCUGGUGAGGAAACCCCAACUUCUGACACUGAAGCAGGGGAGGAAUCUCCUAAACCACACCGGGGUCCUCGAGGUUGCAAAGGCAAAGGCAGGAAGGGUCACUGUCGCAGAGAUGGAGAGACAUCAGGUGAGGAGUCAUCGGAUCUUGAAGUGAGAGAAGGAUCAAAAGGACCUGAAUCAUGUCGAGGACCUAAACAUCACGGACGUCACGGACCAGGUAGCCGAGGCGGAUGGGGUGUUCGAGGUGGAGGGCGAGGUGGGCCACACGGAGGACCUCAUGGGGGACCACACGGUAGGGGAGGGCCCCAUGCUUGGGGUGGACCUCACGGUCAUCACGGAAGACGCGGUCCACCUCCAUUCGCUGGCCCAGGUGGCCCAUUCGAUUUCAGUGCAAUGAUACAAGCACUCUCCUCUCACCCAAUUGCACAGGCAUUUGGUGUACCUGCAGCUCAGCGCUCUGGUGAAACACUCGUUCCCGAAGAUGCCGACGCAGAGAACUCUUUUGUUCCCCCCAUUGACGUUUUCACCACUGAAAAUGCAUAUGUCCUCCACAUUGCGCUGCCUGGUGCCAAAAAAGAAGAUGUAGGUGUACACUGGGAUGCUGAGAAAGGAAUGUUGAACAUGGCAGGUGUGGUAUACAGACAAGGAGAUGAGAAAUUCCUGGAGAGUCUCACAAAGAAGGAGAGAAAGGUGGGUGCUUUCGAGCGUACUAUGAAAUUACCCCUCAACGAAGAAGAUAAAUCCGAAGUUGAUGGUGAUAACAUUACCGCCAAGUUGGAGGAUGGUGUUUUGGUCGUCACUGUACCAAAGGUAGAGAAAGAAGAGACCUGGACUGAGGUCAAGAGAGUCGAUAUCAAUUGA